GCCAGAGAUGCUUUCGACUCCACCUUGAAUUGAACAAUGCAUUGUCUAUUUAAGCACUAAAAUCAUGGAUCCUCCAUGUCCAAUCUGAAACUCAGAGACAGAGAAGCCCAGAGAGAGAGAGAGAGAGAGAUGGCAGGCAGAGUAGUUCUUCACGGAAUGUGGGCAAGUCCGUACAGCAUGAGCGUGAAGCUAGGUCUGAAAGUGAAAGGCGUCGAGUAUGAGUACGUGGAAGAAGAUUUGAUGAACAAGAGCGAAGUGCUCUUGCGUCUCAAUCCUGUUCACAAGAAAAUCCCUGUUCUCGUUCACAACGGCAAGCCCAUCGCCGAGUCCCUGGUCAUUGUCGAGUACAUCGAGGAGACAUGGAAGGAGGGUCCUCCCCUCUUGCCCCAAGAUCCCUAUGAAAGAGCCAAAGUUCGCUUCUGGGCUGGCUUUCUCCAACGGCAGUUGUUUGAGGCCAUGUUCUCUGUGGUCAUAACUGAUGGAGAAGCGCAAGCGAGAGCUGUCAAGGAAGGGCACGAGAAACUGGCGGUGCUGGAAGAGGGAAUCAAGGGUGGUUAUCCCGGGGGAUCACCAUUUAUCAGCGGCGGCAACUUGGGACUCCUGGACAUUGUUGUCUGCUCAAUAUUGGGUGCUCAUAAAGUUCACGAGGAGGUCCUCGGCGUAACAUAUCUGGAUUCGGAGAAGUAUCCAAGGGUGACCUCCUGGGUGAAAUCUCUAACUGAGUUGCCAUUGGUGAAAGAGGCAAUGCCUCCUAAUGAGAAGCUGGUUGACUUUUUUCAGUUCUUUAGGGCUAGGGCUCUUGAAUCUGCAGCAGCUUAAUGCUUAUAAAGGUCUCCUUGAUAAUAAUGGUGGGAACUUCAUCAGUCUCGUUCGCAUGUUGUAUCAGACUGCACUUCUAUGUAACCGAAUGUAUUUGCGGAAUAAGGUAUUGCCAUCAAUAAAGUUUGCUGCAAAUGUUUCA